AUGUCACGAUCAACGGACCCAGGUCACUUCUUCCAAACCGAUGCGUCCGAGGCUAUUCGUGCACGGAGAGCUGCAAAAUCCGGCAACAAACAUGGCAACCCAAUUGUCCUCCAGUCAAAGAUCUUGAAUUGCGUUCCUGAUCCAUUCUCAUCUGCAGCUAUCUAUAUAGCAGAGAGCGCAGGAUGCGUGCGCAAGGUCAAUAUCGAAACCAGAGAUUCCACCAUGGUAUACAGAGGCCCCAGUGCUCCCGUUACAUCUGUAGCUGUUGGUGGUAAAGGUGGUGCUUUGUUAUUUGGAGGAUGCUGGGACAAACAUAUUUGGAGUUGGGAUAGGUCAAGUGGGACUCCAGGAAGGAGAUUUAAAGGUCACUCAGAUUUCGUCAAGGCUGUUAUCUGUGUUCAAUUAGAGGGAAGAGAUCUCCUCCUAUCUGGUGGUGCAGACAAGAAGAUCAUAGUCUGGGAUACAGCGACUGGUGAGCGGCUUCAUACGCUCCGCGACAAAUCAGACACCAUGAUGGCUUUACAAGAUCUUGCAAUCGACCCAGAAGAAUCGACAGACUCGGAACUUGUUCUUGUUUCCUCGAGUAGUGACCCUCAAAUCCGAAGAUGGCGUAUCAGCCUUGCAUCUGCCGGACAGAUUCAAGAUUCUGCCACAGAAACGAAAGCACAAAAGAGUACUGUCAGGUCCACCAUAUUGGAACAUGAAACCAGUGUAUACAAGAUUCGUUUCUCUGGGGAUGAUGAAAACUCGGAUCUUUGGACCGCCAGUGCAGACGGAACUGCCAAGUGCCUAUCAAGGGCAAAGAACUGGACCGCCGAGGAAACCUAUGAGCACGGUGAUUACGUUCGCGAUGUCGUUAUUACAGGAGACUGGGUUGUCACAACCGGGCGAGAUGAGAAUGUAAAGGUUUGGGACCGUGCAACUGGUAAGCUGUGCCAUAUUUAUGAUGGCCAUUACCAGGAAGUGACCGGAUUGCUCCUCCUGAAAGGAGAGAAGCGAGUUGCAAGUGUCAGUAUUGAUGGCACAAUCAGGAUAUGGGGUUUGUCGAAGCUGGAUUUGGAGCUGGCGAAACAUGAAGCGGAGGCGAGGCAGAAAGGCGAAGUAAAAGAAGAGACGGUGCAGCCAAAGAAGGGUCUGCUUACUGCAGAAGAAGAAGCGGAGCUGGCCGAGCUGAUGGCCUCCGACGACGACUGA